CACGUGAUCAAUGUGAAAUGUUUGAACGCGUCGUGCCGGUCACUGUCCACUUAUAACGCUGCCGGGUUUGCUGUUUUCAACAAGUACGAGUUCGGAAAAUCGAACGUUUUAACUCUGGAUAGUAGCAGUUGCGAACAUCACCGUAUUCACAAUGAUUAGAGCACAAACUGUCGUGGCUCGUACACCAAGUGCGCUUCUUGCUUCUCUUGAUCGUUUUCAUUUGCAGUCCAAAGCGAAAGGUGGUACGCUCCUCUUUGCCCUUUCUGCUCCCUCAGAUACUCUGUCUGUCAUAACAUCACAUUUAAAAUCACAUUUUCCUCGCCACAUCGGAUGCCUAUCGUCCCCGCUACCGGCGUACCGUUCGCACAUCAUGUGUGCUAUUGCUCUGCUAGAUGGGAUUGCAUUCCGAUCGACGAUUGCCGGUCGCGCUGAUCCUCAGGUUGGCCGAUGGCAUGCCGCAAGGCACUCAAGUACACGACAACUACCCGCAGCACAGUCGAACGUUUUCGGGGAAUUUAACGGAGAUUCGGGCCGAAUUAACUGGGAGGACAUAUGGGAUAGGAGCGCCAUGUCUGCUCAGGAGAUGAUUCCCGUGGAGCUGAGAACGGCGAGACCUGAAGACGUGUCUUCUAUAUUGUAUUUCUCGGACAAAGCCCCGGAAGGCAUUGCGAAGGCACUGAAGGCAAAUUUUCCGCAUUCACAUGAGCUAGGUUUUUUGGCGUCAUCGACUCCUUUCAUCACAGGUCGACCAGUGACGCUUUUCCACGAUGGCGAGAUAUACUCAGAUGGAGCAAUCGGGAUUGCCCUUCAGCCUUCUCUGGGUCAUACAUCACUAACAGUCGAACUUCCUGGUUUGGUCGAUCUGACUCCGGAUUUGCAAAUAACAAGCUCUGAGGGGAAUCUCAUACUCACGGUUGAUAAUGGAAACCCUACACGUCUCCUCCUUGCUGCAAUGAACAAACAUGGCCUCGACGGUCGUGACGCCCUGCUCAAGGACGAUGAGUUCUAUGUUGGCGUCAUGAAUGACGGCAAGGUAGAACGAUUACAUCGUAUAACUUCAGGUGACCCUUCACGCGGCACCAUUGCCCUCGGGACAAUGAAUGCACCACCGCAGGACUCCAUCAUAAGAAUGCUCUAUUUGCCACGGAGGGAUGAAGUAACCCUGAACUUGGAUGGAAACAUGUCCAUUUCGUUCAUCGCGACACCUGACUCCUUUGGUGAUGCGCCUCCAUCCUCAGUCCUUGACAACGACGUCCUGGUUAUUGAUGGACAUUUUGUUGCUGUGUCUGAGAAUGGGUUUAUGUUGAGAAGAGGCGCCAAGGAGGAAGGCUGGACCUGUACGUUGCCUGGUGGGCAGGCCCGCCUGCGUUGGACAUGAAACAAGCUACGGCUGAUGUUGGGCCCUUCUUUUAGUUUACCUAUAUGCAGAGCCUCCCUAUUGACUUUCUGUUUGUUAAACUGUUUUUAUUUUGUCUCGUCAUUGUCUACGGUACUUCACCUUUGAUGACAAUACUGCACGUUGCAAGUUG